AUGGAAACGGUAAAUCCAAAUAGUGCAUUUCUAUCCAACUUUGAGGUGAUGCAAAUUUUACAACAACUAAAAGAUAAUACACAAAAGAAGCAUAAGAGGGAAGGAUCUUUGGCAACUGUAACAUAUGAGACUGUCCGGUACUUACAAGAUACGGAAUGUCAACAUCAAAGUUCAGAUUGCAUUAAGAAGUUUUUAGAAUCCGUUAAAUCUUUCAACUUGACUAAGUUAGAAAAACUGAUGAUGGUCAAUACUCCCCCUAGAACAGAACUUGAAAUUCAAUUAAUAGUGCAGGAGAGUGAAGAACGUUUAUCGGAAGAUGAGGUUAAACAAAUAAUUGGUCUUGUGAAUGAAUUCUUUCCACAAAGUUCUAGUUAG